AUGUGUUGUUACUUCCUGACGGAGAUGAAGAAGAAGAUAGAGAAGGGGAAACGGUUCAUUUGCACAGUUGGGAAGGGGAAGGUUUCGUGGAAAGCAUCAUCGAUAUACGAUAAAGGGACACACAUUCUUCAAAGCGAUCUAUGCUUUGACAUGGAGGAAUGGAGAAGUGAUUUGCUUGAAGGCUUGAAAAUUGAUAAUUUGGAAUCCAGAAACAUAGCUCUUGGAACAUUGCCAUUGGCACUCAAUCCCGGAGUGGAGUCAUUGAUGUAUGAUGAAGACACACAAAAUCUUCAAAGCAAUGUGUGUUCAGAUGUAAAAGGGAUGGCUACUUAG